UCGUAUGGCAAAAAAUGUGAUUGAGCUGUCCCCUGUAAAGGUCUUUGCGUCAACGUCAUUGACGACUCUCUUUCUUAGUUUCUUUUCGUUUUCGCUCCAUUAUUUUGGCAGGAAGGAUUGUGUCAUUGUGAUGAUCGCGCGAAUCUGUUUAUCUCGUGAAACAAACAAGUAGAAUCUAAAAGUUAUAUAUUUUAAACGUGCGAAUAAAGUCGACGCAGUGUGUUUUAAUGUACGUAUUAUCAUGCAACCGACAAACCAGUGCCACUGCUGCCUGCAGCGGCCUUCGGCGAAAGAUUUGAGGACGCCGUACACUCGUCACGGCAUUACGGAGAUAUACUCGUUCAUGCUUGAAGAAUGCUUCGUGAUCAAACUGGCAUCAAGCAAUGAGGAGCAGAGUGGCAUCUGCGGGGAGUGUGAGAGGCGCCUGCGGGAGGCGAGCUCCUUCAAGGUGCAGGUGCAGCGCUGCCAGGCCGAGCUGCGUCAGAGGCUCCAGGCAGCACUGAGAGCCAAAGAGGAGAAAGCCUUGGAUGAACACCUUGAAGAUGACAUGAGCAGCGAUGUUCCCGAGCCUUCUUUGCCUCCGGGCGAGAAGAGCCCCGCCCCGCCUUGUAAAGAGGAGCCGCCAGACGAAUAUCUGUCACCUCCAGAUGAGGAGAGCCAAGGCCCGCCUUGUAAAGAGGAGCCGCGAGACGGAUGUUUGUCACCUGGCGAGUACGAAGUUGACACAGCGCCUCUGACCUCGCGGGCUGUUCAGCAGCUCUCGUUGGGGUGUUCCGUGAAGGUGGAGCGCCUCAGCGACUCGCCGCUCGCGAGCAAACCGUGCCCCGUGAUGUCACACCGCGAGAGCGACGAACAAGCCUACACACACGAUACUCGCCCCACACACGACUCUAGUUUGAACACACACAAACAGGAAAAUAUCACACGCACACCAGUAACGAAUACCGAAGUCUACUGUUGCGACAUGUGCGCUCACCUAUGCACGUCAAAACUUACUCUAAUCCGUCAUAUCAGAACACAUACUCACCCGGAGGAAAGGCACACCUGCGGAGCUUGUAAAGAAACAUUUCCUAGUGUCUUGUCACUGAAGAAGCAUCUAAGAUUGCACUCUACAGACAAACCCUACGUUUGUGAAGAAUGCAAUAAACGAUUUUCAACUGAAAAAGAUCUGGAUUCACAUAAAAGAAAGAAAUGUAACAGAAAAUUCACUCGAAAAGUAUCGGUAGGUCGCCGUGAAAAUAAACGUAGUGUGAUGAAAUCAUGCCAAUGUAAAGUAUGUAACAAAGAAUUUACUCGUAAAAGUUCUUUAGUUGUCCAUGAAAGAAUCCAUAGUGGAAUAAAACCGUACAAAUGUAAAGUAUGUAACAAACAAUUCACUUAUAAAAAAUAUUUAGUUGGCCAUGAAAGAAUCCAUAGUGGAAUAAAACCAUACAAAUGUAAAGUAUGUAACAAAGAAUUUAUAGCAAAAUCUAAAUUAGUUGUCCAUGAAAGAAUCCAUAGUGGAAUAAAACCGUACAAAUGUAAAGAAUGUAACAAAGAAUUUAGAGAUAAAUAUAAAUUAGUUGUCCAUGAAAGAACCCAUAGUGGAAUAAAACCAUACAAAUGUAAAGAAUGUAACAAAGAAUUUACAGCAAAAUCUAAAUUAGUUAUCCAUGAAAGAAUCCAUAGUGAAAUAAAACCAUACAAAUGUAAAGUAUGUAACAAACAAUUCAAUUAUAAAGAUUCUUUAGUUGUCCAUGAAAGAAUCCAUAGUGGAAUAAAACCAUACAAAUGUAAAGUAUGUAACAAACAAUUCACUUAUAAAAAUGCUUUAGUUGUCCAUGAAAGAAUCCAUAGUGGAAUAAAACCAUACACAUGUAAAGAAUGUUACAAACAAUUCACUUAUAAAAAUUCUUUAGUUGUUCAUGAAAGAAUCCAUAGUGGAAUAAAACCAUACAAAUGUAAAGUAUGUAACAAACAAUUCACUUAUAAAAAUGCUUUAGUUGUCCAUGAAAGAAUCCAUAGUGGAAUAAAACCAUACACAUGUAAAGAAUGUAACAAACAAUUCAAAUAUAAAAAUUCUUUAGUUGUCCAUGAAAGAAUCCAUAAUGGAAUAAAACCAUACAAAUGUAAAGUAUGUAACAAACAAUUCACUUACGAAAAUUCUUUAGUUGUCCAUGAAAGAAUCCAUAGUGGAAUAAAACUAUACAAAUGUAAAGUAUGUAAUAAACAUUUCACUUAUAAAAGUUCUUUAGUUGUCCAUGAAAGAAUCCGUAGUGAAAUAAAACCGUACAAAUGUAAAGAAUGUAACAAACAAUUCACUUAUAAAAGGUCUUUAGCUGUCCCUGAAAGAAUCCAUAGUGGAAUAAAAUCGUACAAAUGUAAAGAAUGUGACAAAGAAUUCAGAGAAAAAUCUGAAUUAGUUGCCCAUGACAGAAUCCAUAGUGGAAUAAAACCGUACAAAUGUAAAGUAUGUAACAAAGAAUUUAGAGAAAAAUCUGUAUUUGUUGCCCAUGAAAGAAUCCAUAGUGGAAUAAAACCAUACAAAUGUAAAGAAUGUAACAAAGAAUUUAGAGAAAAAUCUGUAUUUGUUGCCCAUGAAAGAAUCCAUAGUGGAAUAAAACCGUACAAAUGUAAAGAAUGUAACAAAGAAUUCACUUGUAAAAAAUAUUUAGUUAGCCACGAAAUAAUCCACAGUGGAAUAAAACCAUACAAAUGUAAAGAAUGUAACAAAGAAUUCACUCGUAAAAAAUAUUUAGUUAGCCACGAAAGAAUCCACAGUGGAAUAAAACCGUACAAAUGUAAAGAAUGUAACAAAGGUAUCAGUUGUAAUUGUCAUUUACUUUCCCAAGAAAAAAUCCACAGUGACCAUACAUAUGCAAAAAAAUCAUUUAUUUAUUUAUUUAUUUAGGGUCAACAACAGAAAUUAAAUAAAAUAGGCAAAAUAGUAGUACGGCAAUGGAAAAAAAGGUAAUAUGCAACAUUAUUUAAACAUGUUUUUAAAUAUUCAUUAAUUUAAAGUUAGAUGUUUGCCCAAUUAGGCCCACUUGCACCGACCACUUAACUCAGGGUUAGUGGGCUGUCAUCUGUCAAAUUCCAUAUAAAAUGAUUUGUUAACCCUCGGGUUAACUCCCCCUUUUCGUUGGUGCAAGUAGCCCUUAUAGAUAAUCACAUCUUACUCCAGUAUCUUUGGAUGUUUGGACUAACAGACGUACAGUAAGACUUUUAGACAAACUAUGAAUAUAUGUGAGUGUGCACUGACAACGUCCCACUUUGUCGAUGGCUCUAAAGCCGCUUUGUCAGUUUAUUCAUAUAAAGAUACAAGUAAA